AUGGACACCACUUCACAGCGAGGUGCCAGUACUUCUGUCGGCACGUCGCAGGAAGAGCGGGACCGCAAUGUGUUGCGUCUCGGUCCAGAAAAGAAGGCAUGGAUGCCUCCAAAAUCCGUCAUGGAUCACUUGUCGGCGACGACGAGUGAUCGUUAUCGAACACGAUUGUUCGAUUCGUCAAGGAUCCAUCACCUUGACCCCAGCGCUGGGAAUCACAAACGUGAUGGUCCCUCACUACUUCAGGCGUGGAACGCCUACAUCCAUAACCUCGAGGAUGUAGGUCGUGACGCUUGGAACGACAAACUUAUCAAAGCUCGUGAUAAGUUUGAAAAGCGAACCCCGACAGGUGCACGCUACAAGCUGCAUCAUCUGUCAAAGGAGAAGGGAUUACCCUGCCUCUCUUGGGGAGACCCGUGUCCAUGUUGUGUGAACAACUCUGCACGAGCACCUAAGGAGGCUUACCUCCUUACCAGCCCGUGGUGGCGCGUACGUAUCUCUACUGAGAUGUACGAAGGGAUUGACAACCUGAAAUCCCUUUACGACCGUGCCGGGAAGACUUUCUCCGGCGGUCCUUCUGCGGCACAGGAUGUGCCGCGUCGUACUGCUCAACCAGACCCAGUACGUCGAUCAUCAGUUGGUAGCGGGGCUCCCAAGAAUCCCAGGACGGGGGAUAGCCGCGCCACCGGACGAGAUAACUCGUCCGACGUCCGUUCACAUCGUGGUUGUUCAACAGCAGCUCAACCAGAUAGCGCUAGCCUCCGCGAGAGUCCUCAAAUGGAGGUGGAGGAGGAGGGAAGACGCUCUCCACACGAUCAUGUGGAUCGGUGUGUUCCCGAGAGCUUCUUUGAUCGCGUAACGCAAGGGUUACGCGACGAUCUCGAGCAUGAGCGGAAUAGGCGUCUCCAAAUGGCGGACACUGCCUCGAAGCAUCGAGCUGAGUUUGCCUUUUCUCAGCUCGAGAACGAGAGAUCUCUGACAUCUCUUCGUGACGAGCUAAGGGUAGCUCGUGGGAUUGUUGAUCGGUCUCGGGCUGAGAUAACUGCUCUUCAGACCCUUGUUGAUGCCCACCAUCGGGAGCACAAGGCUCUCUGCGAGAUGCUUGAGCGCAAGGGCGUUCUUCAUCGGAAGAAGCAGCGUACUGAUGGUACGGCUUAA